ACUGAACAUUAUUAAACUUCAAAAUAAAUGCUUGAAAAUGCGCCAUUAAUAGUCAUUUACAAUUUGUCAUUUUUGGUGUAAAGAUGAGUUGCGGCAAUAUGUUAACUGGGCCAGUAGUACAAGAGCAAUGUUCUAUAGCGAGUGUGGGUGUAAUGAGUUCCUUGGUUGCACUAUUGGUACAGAGUUUAUAUAAAGCUCAGUGUAAUAUUUCAAGUACCGAUUACUUUCCUGAAGAUUAUGCAGAAACGGCAUUGAAGGAGGGUUUGGAGUCGUAUGAUUUUGUGGUGGUGGGUGCCGGUUCGGCGGGCUCAGUAGUGGCUAGUCGUUUAAGUGAAAAUCCCAACUGGAAUGUAUUGGUUUUAGAAGCGGGGGGAGAUCCUCCUCAGGAAUCAGAGAUACCCAGUUUCUUUUUCACCUUGCAAAAUACCAAUUAUACCUAUAGUUAUUUAACAGAACCCAAUGAUAGAUCUUGCAAGGCCUUUAACGAUAACAAAUGCCAUUGGCCUCGUGGUAAAUUUAUAGGAGGAACUGGUGGCAUAAAUGGCAUGCUUUAUGUAAGAGGUAAUCGUUUUGAUUAUGAUCGUUGGCAGCAAGAGGGUAAUACCGGUUGGGGUUAUGAUGAUGUUUUGCCUUACUUUGAAAAAUCUAUUAGACCAGUAGGUAAUCAAUCACAUCCCCAGGGUUAUGUUACUCUCAAUGAAUUCCCGCGAUUUGAGGAAGAUAUAUUCUCCAUGAUUUUUGAAGGCUCUCGAGAGUUGGGCAUACCUAGAGUUAAGGAAUUUGCUGAAGGUAGUUAUAUAGGUUAUAGUCAUGUUAAAGGUACCAUACAAAAUGGUCUUAGAGCUACCACUGGCAAAGGUUAUUUGGGUAAAGUUUCUCAAAGACCCAAUUUAAAAGUGAUUAAAAAUGCUCAAGUAACAAAAUUACAGUUUGAUAGUAAAGGUCAAACUGUCAAAUCGGUGGAAUUUGUACUACAACAACAGUAUAAACUUAAAGUGCCGGUAAAACGUGAGGUGGUGUUAUCUGCCGGUACUAUAGAUUCACCCAAACUAUUAAUGCUCUCGGGAGUGGGUCCAACAAACAAACUCAAACCUUUAAAUAUACCAGUUAUACAAAAUCUACCGGUGGGAGAAAAUCUACAAGAUCAUGUUAUUAUAUUGAUAUUUCUACGUCUACCAGCUAAUGCGACCGAUCAGAAACAAUUACUCGAUGGUAUUUAUCAAUAUUUAAUACACAAAAAAGGACCUCUGAGUGCUCAUGGCACUGCUUCUCUUACGGGUUUUAUAAAUACCGAUUUAUUUAGUGAAUCCGUAUAUCCCGAUAUGGAAUUUCAUCAUAUUAUGAUAAGACGUGGUGAUAUCAUAGGCUUGGAUACCCUUCUAAAUGGUUUUAGGGUAAAGGAGCAGCUAAGACCUUUCUUUAGGGAAAAUGUACAAAAUUUUGAUGUUCUAACCAUGUUUGCAGUAUUGGCCCAUCCUAAGUCCUUGGGAAAUAUAACACUUAAAUCCUCUUCCCCCCUAGAGCCACCCAUAAUUAAUGCCAACUAUUUAUCAGCACCAGAAGAUGCAGAAGUUUUACUUAAAGGCAUGGAAUAUAUAAUGAGUUUAGAACAGACCCAGGCCUUCCGGCAAAAACAAGCGGAAAUUCUUCAUAUACCCCUUAAGGAAUGUGAUCAAUAUGAAUUCAAAUCACAACAGUAUUGGAGAUGUUAUUUUACUUAUUUCUCUAGUACUUGUUAUCAUCAUGUUGGAUCGGUUAAAAUGGGUCCUGUGGAUGAUGCACGCACCUGUGUGGAUCCUCGACUAAAGGUUAAAGGUGUCAAGAAUUUAAGAGUUAUAGAUGCUUCCAUAAUGCCUCAUGUAACCAGUGGCAAUACAAAUGCCCCCACCAUUAUGAUUGCUGAAAAGGCUUCAGAUCUUAUUAAAGAGGAUUGGUCUUCUUCUUAAUGUUAGAAAAGAACAAGAA